AUUACUAAAUAAACAUUCCAUUACUAAAUAAACAUUCCAUUACUAAAUAAUAUAAUAACUUAAGAUAUAUUCCAUAUAAUAUAUAUGUAUUGACUGUCCUGACUGAACCAAUGACUAUUCAUGAUUCCAUAAUUGAAUCAACCGCAUACCGGUUCCAAAUUUGAGGAAUGUUAUGGUGAAACUUCGUUUGAAACGAUGUGGUAGAAAGCAACGAGCCGUCUAUCGAAUUGUUGCAAUUGAUGUUCGGUCCCGAAGAGAGGGAAGAGAUUUGCAGAAAGUGGGUUUUUAUGAUCCGAUCAAAAAUCAAACUUAUUUAAAUGUUCCUGCUAUUCUAGAUUUUCUUGAAAAAGGUGCUCAACCUACAGAGACUGUCUAUGAUAUUUUCAAGAGGGCGGAGGUUUUUAAGGAAUUUCGCCUUAAUCAAACAAAGUUCACUUAAUGAACUAAAAAACAAAGAUAAUGUGGUGGUAGUUUGGUAGAAUUUUUUUAUUCCUUAUUCUCGUCCUGUCUAUUUUUUUUUUUUUAUGUAGUGCCAAUCCAACACAAAAA